UCGCCGGUCCUCCGUCCCACCCACCUCGCCGCUGCCGGGAGCCCGGGGAGCCGCCGCUGCCGGUCGCGCGCGCCACGGCCAUGUCCGAGCACAAGAAGCAGCGGACGAAUCUCCAGAGGUCUACAAAUGUGGUCUACCAAGCUCAUCAUGUUAGCAGAAGUAAAAGAGGACAGAUUGUGGGCACAAGAGGUGGAUUUCGUGGCUGUACAGUAUGGCUAACAGGUCUUUCUGGUGCUGGUAAGACAACCAUUGGAUUUGCACUUGAAGAGUAUCUUGUGUCUCACGGCAUCCCUUGCUACUCCCUUGAUGGGGAUAACAUUCGCCAUGGGCUCAACAGAAAUCUUGGAUUUUCUGCUGAUGACCGAGAAGAAAACAUCCGACGUAUUGCUGAAGUUGCCAAGCUGUUUGCUGAUGCUGGCUUGGUUUGCAUAACUAGUUUCAUUUCUCCUUACUCAAAGGAUCGGGCGAAUGCACGGAAGAUUCAUGAAACAGCCGGGCUCCCCUUUUUUGAAAUUUUUGUGGAUGCACCUCUGAACAUCUGUGAGAGCAGGGAUGUGAAAGGCCUGUACAAGAAAGCACGAGCUGGAGAAAUCAAAGGUUUUACUGGCAUUGACUCAGAAUAUGAGAAACCAGAAGCACCUGAACUUGUACUGAAAACCAACAUCUAUUCAGUGACUGAAUGCAUUCAGAACAUUGUAGAGCUCUUACAAGAACAGAACAUUGUUCCUCCAACUGCAAUCAAGGAUGUUCUUGAACUGUUUGCACCAGAAAAUAAAAUUGAACAAGCACGGGCUGAAGCCAAUACCCUGCCUUCUGUAAAAAUCACCAAGUUGGAUCUUCAGUGGGUUCAAGUCCUAAGUGAAGGUUGGGCCACCCCAUUGAAAGGGUUCAUGCGGGAGAAAGAAUACUUGCAAGUUAUCCAUUUUGGCACCUUGCUUGAUGGGGGUAGAGUUGAUAUAUCCAAGCCUGAUGGUGUUAUUAACCUGAGCAUUCCCAUUGUGUUGCCUGUAUCUACUGAAGACAAAAACCACCUGGAAGGUUGCAAAGCAUUUACACUGGAGUACAAUGGGAAGAGGGUGGCAAUACUGAAAAACCCAGAAUUUUUUGAGCACCGCAAGGAAGAACGCUGUGCACGUAUUUGGGGGACCACGUGUGCAAAACACCCACAUGUGAAAAUGGUGAUGGAGAGUGGAGACUGGUUGGCCGGUGGGGACCUCCUUGUACUAGAGAGAAUCAAAUGGAAUGAUGAGCUGGACCAGUACCGUUUGACACCCUUGGAACUGAGGCAAAAGUUUAGAGAAAUGAAUGCUGAUGCAGUGUUUGCUUUCCAGCUGCGCAAUCCUGUCCACAAUGGGCAUGCUCUGCUGAUGCAGGACACCAAGCGCCGCCUGUUAGAACGAGGCUAUAAGCAUCCCGUGCUGCUCCUGCACCCUCUCGGUGGUUGGACCAAGGAUGACGAUGUGCCCCUCGAGUGGCGCAUGAAGCAACAUGCUGCUGUGCUGGAGGAGCAUGUUUUGGAUCCCAAGUCCACAGUAGUUGCUAUUUUCCCUUCUCCAAUGCUGUAUGCUGGACCAACAGAGGUUCAGUGGCACUGCAGGGCUCGAAUGAUUGCUGGGGCCAAUUUCUACAUCGUGGGUCGGGAUCCAGCAGGUAUGCCCCACCCAGAGACAAAGAAAGAUCUGUAUGAGCCCACACAAGGAGGAAAGGUGCUCAGUAUGGCUCCGGGACUGACCUCUGUGGAAAUCAUCCCCUUCCGAGUAGCUGCAUACAACAAAGUCCAAAAAGCGAUGGUUUUUUAUGAUCCAGACAGACACCAUGAAUUUGACUUCAUUUCCGGCACACGGAUGAGGAAGUUGGCCCGUGAAGGUGAAAAUCCCCCUGAUGGAUUCAUGGCACCGAAAGCAUGGAAAGUGUUGACAGAAUACUACAUGUCACUGGGAAAAAAUAAUUAAUUCUGCUUUUGCCCAUAGGUGGCUUUGUUUAAAGAUGCUCCCCUACUGAUUUAUAUGCCAUUAUUGUACUACAUCUGCUCUGGAUUUUUCUGCUUUCCUUGUGGGCAUUUUCUCACUGAGCCAAACACUGGCUCUGGCCCAGCUUUCCCCCCUCUGGAAUUAAUAGGAAAUUUCCUCUUCAUUUCAAAGGAAAGCCAUAGAAGAGGUUUUAUGAUAGAAAAAAAAAAUAGAUCUAGAUUAUGGAAAUCCAAAGCCAUAUUGUAAUUUGUCACAGACCUGGUAAAAGAGGUUUUUUUAAUGUGCAGCUGAAAGCUAGCAAACUAUUUAUCUUUCUUCUUUGAUGUGUGCAGUUGAGUGCAUAGAGCAAGUAAGUGAUCAAGGAUAGAAGUCUGUUUCUUUUCCUUUUUUUAAGAGGCAGCAGACUGAAAGCUUGGCUUCUGCCUCAUUUUGCUUGACCUUCCAUUCCCAUUUUUGUCAUUUCAUGUCCCACUCUUGUUGUCCUUCUAAUUAUGAUGGGUGUUACUUAAUAUUUGCCCUGCCCAAGCAUUAAUCUCUCUUACUAUGGACAAGAAGCCACACCAGCUUUCUCUCGCCAUUUCAGGUUAUAAAAGGCUGACCAGGCUUUAGACUGGUUGUUUUCAAACAGUUCCAAGGGAAUUUGGAGGGUUCUGGGAAGUUUAUAGGGAAUUGGCAAUGAUGGCUGCAGACAUUUUGUUGCCUGAGACAGAGCAGCAAGAAGGUUGCUCCCCCAGUCCCUGCCACAAGGCCAAUGAACUUUUUGGGGUGCCUGUGAGAGCAAAGUCACAAGCCAUAGCAGCACAAUAAUAAUAACUCAAUUUGCUGCCCUUUCAUGACACUCAAAAUAAACUCCUUGAGGUAGCUACCUCACUCUGCUUAAUGGGAGAAAUGUCCCUGAUAAACUUGCAUCAGUGGAUAAACCUAACAUUAAAGACAGCACGUUCACUUCCACCCCUUUCCCCCCCUGAUCUGGUCUUACUGGGGAAUUGAGAGUGUUUUUCUAGAGUACAGUUGCAGUUCCAGUAUUGCAAAUGUGAGGCCCAAAAAUCUAGGUCCAUAUCCCACAUGAACAGAGUAGAAGAAAUUGUCCCAGAAUCCUCUGCAGCACAUUGGACUUCUAUGGCCUGCGUUGAUCUGAGAAAGGUUCCCUUUCUCAGGCAUUUGAUGGCCACUGAUUCAGAGUCAUUUACCCUGAUCUGAAACUAUCAAGAAAAGAAACCCUAAUUCUCGGGGGUCUCUCUCCCUUUCAGUUCACUACAGAAAAGUAUUUUGCUCUUGAGAAGUCAGGUGCUGAGAUGUUUGUAUAAAUCAUAGUGCCAGAUAGCUUAGUUCUGCCUUAGCUUUUACCUUCAGUGGGUUCUUAAUUCUGGAAAUUGUCUGCACAAGGACCUUGUUCAGCAAAAGGAGUUACAAACAGCCUGGGCCAGGGCAUGAAUGCAACUGUGAAGUCUCCAAGGAAAAAAGAACAGAGAGUUGUGCAGGACACACAGCUCUUUAAAGCUCUUUGUUUUCUUAAUCUUUAACUGAUUUGAUUCUGCAUGUUUAAUCCUUCUCUAUACAAUCAUGAGGAUGACAAAAUCUCAACAAACCAAAGGCAAGAUUUUGACGACUCAACAUUCUGGGCUGCAUUCCAUAUUCUGUGCUUGAUAAUACGCAGAAAAGACCUUUUAGCAGUAGUAACUUUUUUUCCAGACUAUUAGUAGAGUUCAUUGGCAAGGCUCCCACCUGUGUUUUUACCUCGAGCACGAAUGCUGAUGUGGUUUGUCAUAGUGUGCCUUUGUGAACGUUGUCUUCUGUUUUACAAAGACAAAGUCUGUGACCAGCUCAUAGUAGGACUGUGAAGUAAUACUUCUAAGCUGGUGUCAUGUCUUAGUUAAGAGAGAGAUUAAUUAAAUUCUCCAAAUCACCAACUCCAGUGGUCUUAGAUAAGCCAUUAUUUUCUCUGCCUAUGCAACAUGAUUAGUACUUGUUAAUACUUGUCUAACUUACAGGGUUGUUUUAAGGAUGAUUGAGAUUAUAAUAUAUAUGAGAUGCUUUGAAUACUCAGUGGUACUAUAGACUUGCUAUGAUUACUUUUUCACCUCUCCUGCUGGUGCUAGUCCGAAAUAGGUCCUCCCUAUGUUCUCAGAGCGGGGGGUCACAGCAUCCUCUAGUGCAGGACCAAAAGAAUGUUUUUUCUUAAUACAUACAGGGAUGUGCAGACAUUGUAAAGUCCAUUCCAUCUGUGUUUUUUCCAUGAUCAGGUACCUUCCUUUCCAUCAUCCACUCACUGAAUCAAAUUUUGCAUCAAUGCAUGCACAUGCAUUUAAGUAAAAUCAUACUCUCCAAAAUACAGGCUUAGUCCAUGUUUCAUUUUUCAUAUUUUGUUAUGGCUAACUUUGCAUAAAAUUACAGAGAAAAUUAGAAAAAGAUUUGCAAAUUUAUGGAUUAAAGCAAUUCAGGAAAAAACAGACCACUGGAGGAUCUGUGGGUUGGAUGCUUAGAAAUCUGAACUCUAUUGAAGAUUUCUCUGCUAGCCCUAUAACCCUAUUAUAACCCAUAUAGCUGGGUUAUAACAAAACACAGAACAUUAUCCAAUGGCCUGUUGACUCUAUCCUCCAGUGCGAGCUGAUCCCACAGUGGAGUGGGGAUUCCAUCCUUCUCUGCUAGUGCCCCCCUAAGUUGUGGAGAAGCUGGGCUACUCCAAGAGAGUACAUAGGGAUUGCGGUAUUUACAGAGCUUCACAACAUUUUUUCAAAGCUCUGCCUUCCAUCUUUUCUAGAAAGGAACCAUUUCUCAAAGGUUGUGGUGUAAUAUUGCUAUUUUCUGUACAGUUAUGCAACAAAUACAUUUUUACAUUCUUGAAACUGCAUUUGAGAAUUCUUUAAAAAUGUUUCUAGCAUUUAACACUUUGGGGUCUUUAGGACAAAAGAAUA